AUAAGGAUGAAAUAUAUCUUCGAAGAGUAAUUGGCGCAAAAAAAGAUCAAUAUUUUUUAAACAAGAAAGUAGUUCCACGUACUGAAGUAGUUAAUUUGUUAGAGUCCGCAGGAUUUUCUAAUUCUAAUCCAUACUAUAUUGUUAAGCAGGGCAAAAUUAAUCAAAUGGCUACUGCUGCAGAUUUGUACAGGUUAAAAUUGUUAAGAGAAGUGGCUGGAACUCGUGUAUAUGAUGAAAGAAAAGAAGAAUCGCUGAAUAUAUUGCGCGAAACUGAAGGUAAAUUGGAAAAAAUUUCAGAAUAUUUAAAAACAAUAGAAGAUCGUUUACAGACUCUUGAAGAAGAAAAAGAAGAACUAAAAGAAUAUCAAAAAUGGGAUAAGGCUCGCCGGUGUUUGGAGUAUAUAAUACAUGAAACUGAACUAAGAGAAACCAGAAAAACAUUAGAUGAGUUGCAGCAACAAAAAAAAAACUCCAUGGAUAAAAAAAAAAAUUAUAAUAAAGAAAUUCAAAAAUCUCAGGAAAAAAUAAAAGAUAUUCAAAAAAGCUUAAAAGAUGCAAAGAAAAAUGUUGCUUCAAUAAAGGAGGAGCGUUCCAUCCUUAUAACUGAACAACAGCAAUUACUACGCGAGAAAACAAAACUUGACUUAACUAUUGUGGACUUAAAUGAUGAAGUGCAAGGGGAUAAUAAGUCAAAAGAACGUGCAGAUCAAGAAUUGAAAAAAUUAAAAAUAACAAUUGCUGAAAAAGAGAAAGAAUUAGAUGAAGUCAAACCAAAAUAUGAAUUUAUGAAACGAAAGGAAGAAGAAUGUUCAAGGGAAUUAUCUUUAAAAGAGCAAAAAAGAAAAGAACUUUAUGCAAAACAAGGUCGUGGAUCCCAGUUUUCAUCGCGAGAAGAACGUGAUAAAUGGAUAUAUAGUGAAUUGAAGUCAUUAAGUAAACAAAUAAAAGAUAAAAUCAAUCAUUAUACAAAGCUGAUAGAAGACUUAAAAAAGGAUGCAAAUGCAGAACAAGAAUUAGGUCGAAAAAUUGAAGAUCAUUCAUCUGAGUUAGAUCAAUUACGUCUUCAAAUUGAUGAACAAAAUAAAAAAUACUACGACCUCAAAAAAACAAAAGAUCAAUACCAAGCAAAUAGGAAUGAAUUAUGGAGAAAAGAAACUCAAAUGACACAACAAUUACAAAGUCAUAAAGAAGAACUUUCUAAAACUGACCAAGCGUUGAGAAGUAUGGCAGGAAAACCUAUUUUGAAUGGUCGUGACUCUGUACGUAAGGUUUUAGAUAAUUUUUUUGAACGAGGAAAUACCUUUGCAGAUAUUGCAAAAGCUUAUUAUGGACCUGUUAUUGAAAAUUUUAGUUGUGAUAAAACUAUUUACACUGCUGUUGAGGUGACAGCAGGUAACAGACUGUUUCACCAUAUAGUUGAAUCAGAUAGAGUCGGAACACAGAUAUUGAAAGAAAUGAAUAAAUUGAAAUUACCAGGCGAAGUAACAUUUAUGCCUUUAAAUCGUUUACAAGUUAAAGUACAUGAUUAUCCAGAUGAUCCAGAUUCGAUUCCGAUGAUAUUAAAAUUAAAAUAUGAUGAGCAACAUGAUAAGGCUUUAAGAUAUAUUUUUGGAAAGACAUUGAUAUGUAGAAAUUUGGAGCGAGCUACAGAAUUAGCUAAGAGUACUGGACUUGAUUGUGUUACACUUGACGGUGACCAAGUCUCAUCGAAAGGCUCUUUAACUGGUGGGUAUUUCAAUACAUCUAGAUCUCGUCUUGAAAUGCAGAAGAAAAGAACAGAAUAUUCCCAGCAAAUACGUGAUUUUGAAAAGGAAUUAGGUAAAAUACGCAAUGAUUUGAAACAAAUUGAAAGUAAUAUCAAUUCAAUUGUAUCCGAAAUGCAAAAAACGGAAACGAAACAAGGAAAAUCUAAAGAUAUUUUAGAAAAAGUUCAAGGAGAAAUUCGCUUGAUGAAGGAAGAAUUAUUGCGAAUAGAAAAGUAUCGUGCUCCAAAAGAGAGAUCAGCAGCACAAUGUAAGUCGAGUUUGGAGGCAAUGAAUGGUACAAAAGCAGGAUUAGAAGCUGAACUUAACCAGGAACUAAUGUCAACUCUGUCGGUACAAGAUCAAAAUGAAAUCGAUCAAUUAAAUGAUGAUAUCAGGAGAUUAAACCAAGAAAAUAAAGAUGCAUUUACACAAAGAAUGCAACUAGAAGUUAUCAAAAAUAAGUUAGAUAAUUUACUUAUAAAUAAUCUUUUCCGAAGAAGAGAUGAAUUGAUUCAAGCAUUGCAAGAAAUCUCGGUGGAAGAUAGAAAACGAAAACUCAAUAAUUGCAAAAAUGAGCUUACGGUAGCAGAUAAAAGAAUAAAAAAAGUUAACCAGGACAUAGAAGACAUGGAAAAAAGGGUGACUGAUGCAGUAAAACUUCAAAAGUCCUUACAAGAAGAAUUAGAAUCAUGGGUUCGAAAAGAAAAAGAUUUUGAAGAAAAAAUUUGUGAAGAUAGUAAAAAAGCAGAAAAAUGGGCUGUGAAGGAGAAUUUAUUAAAUCAAAAAAUUGACGAAUGCACUGUAAAAAUUGCAAGCUUAGGGGCAUUACCGGCACUAGAUCCACAUUACAAUAAAAUGUCUUUGAAAAAUUUAUUUAAAGAACUCGAAAAGGCUAAUCAACAUCUAAAAAAAUAUAAUCAUGUAAACAAAAAAGCACUUGAUCAAUUUUUAAGCUUCUCAGAGCAAAAAGAAAAGCUUUAUAAAAGAAAGGAGGAGUUAGAUGUCGGAGACGAAAAAAUUAGAGAACUAAUGCAAACUCUUGAAAUGCAAAAGGUUGAAGCCAUUCAAUUUACUUUUAAACAAGUUGCUCACAACUUUACAAAAGUAUUUAAAAAACUUGUACCUCAAGGAGCAGGAUAUUUAAUUUUAAAAACAAAAGAUAAUGAAAGCGAUGAUAUUGGUAAAGAAGUUGCUAACUCAGAAGCAUUUAUCGGUAUUGGUAUUCGUGUAUCUUUCACUGGAAUUGAUGCGGAAAUGAGAGAAAUGAAUCAAUUGUCAGGUGGUCAGAAAUCACUUGUUGCUUUGGCUUUAAUAUUUGCUAUUCAAAAAUGUGAUCCAGCUCCAUUUUAUCUCUUUGAUGAGAUUGAUCAGGCACUUGAUGCACAACAUAGAAAAGCAGUAGCAGAUAUGAUUCAUGAACUAAGCGACAAAGCACAAUUUAUAACAACUACAUUUAGACCGGAAUUAUUAGAAAAUGCUCAUAAAUUUUAUGGAGUCCGAUUUCGAAACAAAGUCAGUCACAUAGAUUGUGUAUCAAAAGAACAAGCAAAGGACUUUGUAGAAGAUGACAACACUCAUGCAUAAUGCAUUUACUAUAUACAUAAGUAAAAAUUAAUAAAAAAUAAUUAUAUAUGAGAGAAACAGUAAA